UGUUGUGAUCGGUUUUGUCGAUCAAGCAGUAGACUUCUUAAGAUAGCGACUUGAGAAAAAGAACCAGUAUCAAAGACUACAGCAAGGGACAGUGGCGGAAUCCCGGCAGUGGAUGUACAGUGACUGUUUACACGUCUAUUGUCAUGGCCUGCUAGCCCGUAGCUAUCGACUGUAGAGUGUCUAAUACAUUUGAUAAUAUCAGUUUCAGAGGCUCAGUCCUACUGUUCUACAGAGUUUGACUACACGAAUUGCUUGGCCUUUAUUUUGAAGUGGGGAGCGAAUUCGGCCGUAUGAUGUACAUGAGGACAGAGAUAAGACUCGAUAACCCGGAGCAAAUCCCGCUAUGGGAGGCUCCUCUGGUAUACUUGACACGCACUUUGAUGAUGGGAAAAUCUAUCGAGAAAUAGACAGACUAAGACGCAAGCCGGGGGAUUCAAAUACAAAUAAGGAAUCGCGACACAAAGGAGCGAGAAGGUAAACCGAGUUUAAAACAUGAGUCGCUCGGCCGCUACGCGUCAGAAAUUGUCGAUGUGAAUGAUAGAAACAAAUCGCCUAUCCCCACCGUGACUUGUUUGUGAAGGAAAAAAUUGGAGGACCUGAUUGGGGGUAAGUUUGGAGGAGGGAUACUCCCCGUCAGUGUUGAUCCCGCCCUGCGUUACACGAGGUACCCGAUACACACACCGCAUGAUGGACAUUUUACCUCGCUUUGCUUACUGUCGUCUGUCACUUGUAGAUGUGCACGAGACGAGCGCGCGCGGAACUUGAGUCGCCUAGAGUGACCGUUCUUGGAUAGGAGAGCAGACGACACUUUGAUGAAGCGGAUCGUUUUCGGAGCAAAUUUGUAAAAUACAUUUGAACAAAUGUUGUUCCUUUUUGGAAGUGAAGUAUGGAUUUCAAGGAAUGACACUUAAGCACAAACAAUAUUGGAUGUAGCAGUAUUUGAAUCUGAAUAUUUGCAUGUGAUUAUAUUUUUUCUCCAUGUGAACGCACAUAUACUUUGUUUUGAAUUUUACAUACUUGUACAAACGGACGAUGUGUAUACGGACUUUGAUUUGUUUAAAACUUCUCUUAUCUCCUCUACUUGUUUCGUUUUCGAUCGGAGAGGCAUUUAUUGACCGUCUCGAGCAAUGCGAACCUAUAAAAAUCCCGCAGUGCCGUUCUAUGCCUUACAAUAUGACGCGCAUGCCGAACCUGCUUCACCACAGCAGUCAGGAAAAUGCAAGGCUCGCCUUUGAACAAUUUGAGAUGCUCUUGAACAAAAACUGCAGUGAAGCAUUGUUGUUUUUCCUAUGCUCCAUAUAUGUGCCAAUAUGCACAGUCUCUUUCCAACCCGACCCAAUCCCUCCGUGUAAGGGGGUUUGCGAAAAGGCGAGGGCAGGGUGUGAGCCCGUCAUGAACGCUUAUAAUGUGUCGUGGCCCGAGGCCCUGGACUGCUCACGACUCCCCCGAUAUGAAAGGGGGGUAUGUGUGUCCCCCGAAGCCAUUGUCUCCCCAUCAAGGAGAAAAGAUUGCAAAUGCAGAAAACGUCUUCGUCCAAAAUGGCGGAGUUACAGAAAGCAUCACUAUGAUUAUGCAAUCAGAGCUCGCGUGGUCCGGAAGAAGUUAAACAGUGGUGGUCAGAUGAAGGUCCGGGUGCAGGUGACCAAUGUGAUACACUGCGGCAAGGUGGGACUGACCAGCGAGGUGGACCUGUGGAGCAACUCCAGCUGCCUGUGCCCCUCCGUCAAGAGGGGGCGGGAGUACCUCAUCCUGGGCCACGAGGACAAGCGCCUGAACAGACUCCUUCUGCUGCCUAACACCAUAGCCGCCAAAUGGAAGGACAAGUGGAUCAAGAAGAUACAGAAAUGGGACCGGCGACUUCACCGACCACCAUCACCGGGACGCCGACGUAAAAAUGGCGUCCAUAAAGGCAGACCUAGUCUAAAGAAAACAAACAAGAUUGGAAAGCGCAAGAAAACAGCCCUAAAACGGAAAAGAAAGCGGAUGAAUAGGAGGAAAUCUCGAUUAUCGCAGUGAACGACAGUGUUUGAAGCGGAUUUAAAAUCCUAAGGAUAGAUCUAUGUUGCUUAGACAAUGUGAGUUGUCUCCCUUACAAUGUAACUUCAUCGCUUGUACAGGUUUUCACGGUGUAAAUAUUUUCAUAGCGGUACGGAGAUGAAAAUACUUUUGUUCAUUCAUUCAGCAACUCAGUGAAUUAGAGCUUUGUAAGUUUAGAAUAUUUGACGAGUGGGUUCGGAGCGAUGACAGAAGUGUGUUUCAAGCUAUUAAAGUUUUUUGAAGUCACACAAAGCUUUAAGUGUCGACAUAGGUCAACUAUUCGUCUCUCCUUGGUGUUCAUAUUUGUUUUUUUGUGAAUCCAAUGUAAAUGUUGCUUCUCUUUUGUCCAUUGUUUACUUGAUUCCUUUUUGGAUAGUACAGUGAACCCUCGUCAGUCCGAACUACGUUAAUCCGGAAGCCCCACCCCCGGACUAUUACUGUUAUGAACGUCUCGUAUGCACAGUAUGUUAACGAUAUAACUUAAUUAGUCUUUGGUGAUUUCACCGGUUACAUUACCGUCCGGAUUAACGAGGUUUCACUUAGUACCAAGCUGUGAAGUAAGCUCCAACAAGGUCAGAGUUAACCCCUCGCGACCGACACUGAGCGUUUUCAUCAUCACUCUCUCUCCCUCGCUCCCUCUCUCUCUCUUUCUCUCUCUCUCUCUCUCUCCCUCGCUCUAUCUCUCUCUCUCUCUCUCUCCCUCGCUCUCUCUCUCUCUCCCUCGAUCUCUCUCUCUCUCUUUCUCUCUCUCUCUCUCUCUCUCUCUCUCUCUCUCUCUCUCUCGCUCUCCCCCCCUCUCUCUCUCUCUCCCCGAGAGUUCCACUCUUAGCUGGUUUGCAUACAUACUCCAUACACCCCUGUAAUAAUUCUUAACUGUAUGUAAAGUAAAUCAAUUCACGUACUCCUUAGAAUAUAAACAGUGAUACCCCGUUCAGUUUCAGUGAUAUCGCUUGGAUUAAUAAAUGUCAAUUCUAAGUGACUACUGGUACAUUGUAAAGCUCCCUCAAUUAAGAUAUUCCUAGUAGUAGUCGCCCGGAAUGCGGGGGUUCCGGACUACCGGGGAUUCACUAUAUACAAAAUGUGAUGAAAAUGUAAAAAAUACUAUUUUCUUCAGAUUGUUGUUUUUCACUCAAGUGAAAAUAUGUGUGUUAAACUUGUACUGUUACUGUAGCGGUGUUUCAAUGUACGCCAUGUCCGGAUUACGCGGUGUCGUGAUUGAAGGUCACAUUUAAGUCAAACCCACGUUGAGGGGUAGGAAUGCAUCCUUAUCCUUGAAUGCUUGCGUGUUCAUUUUACAUUUUCCUCUUGUUGCCAGUUGUUACGGUCACAUCCAUGGCUUAUCACACUGUAAAUACGUUGUUUAUGUUAUCCGUGCAGUUGCUUUUUUAUGUUUGAAACGAGAAAGGCAUUUAUGAUUUAUAUAUUUUUGUGAUAUGAUUUUGUGCGAGACGUAUGUAUAUUUUAGUUUUUGCUUCGAUACCAACUAGACUUGAACAUUUUAUAUUUUAAAGAUGGUAGAUAUUUAGUACGUAUUUAUAAUUUCUGUACAUAUUGACAUUGUAGCCAAGACGUUGUAUAUGCUAUAUUGCACAGUUCUGCAAUCACUAUUAUCAAAUAUAUCUAAACAUCAUGUGCUAUGUUACGAUCAGAACAUGAAACGCUCAAAACCUGGCAUCACUUAAGUCUAUGUACUGUACAUUCACACUCGGUAAACGCUUAAUCAACAAGCAGCCGCCAUCUGAUCGAUCUUAGUCGGGCCGAAUUCUGAUUGAAUCGAAGUUUACAUAUUUGAAAAUGUUUGAAAUAUGACCAACACAGGGCCUUGUCCCUGAAUUAGGCAUACCAUUAUACAGCCAUAAAUGAUCCAAAUACGGCAAUUGACUCGGUCGUAAAAGUCACAGAUGCGUCAGUAAAAUCCUCGUCAUUUCCCCUCUUCUUGGUGAUCAUCUCCAACUGUGCCAAAAUUGCUCCUUUUUGUUAAAGGAAUUUCUCGGCCGUUAUGACAAGAGACAUGAGGCAAAAUAAACAUAAGAGGGGUUGUCAGUGUUAAUCUGAGACUUAUACUCCAGAACAGACUUCCCGUAAUAAUACUUCAGAGAAGAAAGCAAACAUUAUUAAACUGAAGCAAUAAUACAAUCUAUAUUUGUUUUAAAAUUAGGCACAAUUUAUGGGUCACAACUUUUUGUAAUUUGUUAUCCAUAAAUUGUGUCUACUUUGUCAUCCGCCAACUUCAAGGAAAACCUAUCAAAAAUAUAUUUGUUUUAAUGCUAUUUUCACUUUUGUAAAAUGUAAUGAAGGCUUCUCUUUAAAACAAAAACAACAUGUCAAACAACAUGAAAAUGGCCUAAUGAUGACUGUUAUGGCGGGGAUAAUCUAUUUAUACACAUUCAUUGUCGAUAUUGGUGUCACUGUUUCCCACACAUAUCGAUGUGGUCGACACUGGUCAGAGACGGAGGACAACAGUUGCUCGUUAAUUCAUUCAUUCCCGCCCUACUAAUCCUAUAUAGCAAAUCUACCAGAAUUCAAAACGCGAACCACUCCUUCCUACGUUAUUGAGAGUAUGUUUAUACGCCGGUUAGAGCAAUAUCCAUGCUAAAUAACCACAGGGGAUCCCGAGAAUGGACUUCACACAUUGUACAUCCGGGUAGUCGAAACGUGGUGUUCGGCGUGGCGAACCAACGCUUGGCACCAAACCGCCUAAACCCGCGCAUGAUAAGAUAGUGUGAAGUUUAAUUAAGUGAGCAACGACUGACUUGUGGUCGUUACAUCUGAGGUAAAUGCAUUGAUGCACUGGUGGACUAGAUGGUGUAACCUCGUUGUUAAUACAUAACAUGGUUGUGAAAACACGUCAUGUGCGUGCAGUUGACAAAAAUAAAGUUAUGUAUAUUUGCUUAA